UCCAAAACCAAACGUCCUUCCCACUGUUUUCCCCUCUCCACCCCUCCAUUUAUUGCCUCGCCUCUCUCCGCUGCCCCCAUCAUUCGCAGACCCUCGAUCUGAUUCCGAGAUUCACCUCUCCAUUUGAAAGCUGCUGUUGAUUCCAAUUAGUGCAGAGGCAAUGGCGCUACUUAGGCUCACUGUUGCUCCCCCUCACAAUGUCUGCGCGUCCUCCUCCUUCGGCGGCGGUUAUCGGUUCAGAUCUCACAGAGUGUCCAUGGCUUCCACUGUUCAUUCUCCGUCUGUGGAUGCCGAGAAUGUGAAAAAGCCUUUCGCCCCGACCCGGGAAGUUAAUGUCAAAAUCACGAAUCCCCUGCCUCCAGAGAAGCGGGAGAUCUUCAAAUCCCUUCACGGUUGGGCUGAGGAAAACCUUUUGGUUCUUCUCAAGCCGGUCGAGAAGUCGUGGCAGCCCCACGACUUUCUCCCGGACUCCUCUUCGGAAGGGUUCGAAGAACAGGUCGCCGAGCUCAGGAAGCGGGUCGACGAGCUCCCCGACGAGUAUUUUGUCGUGUUGGUGGGAGAUAUGAUCACCGAGGAGGCUCUUCCGACUUACCAGACGAUGAUCAACACGCUCGAUGCCGUUCGCGACGAGACGGGCGCGAGCCUCACCCCUUGGGCAAUUUGGACCCGAGCGUGGACCGCCGAAGAAAAUCGGCACGGCGAUCUCCUCAACAAGUAUUUGUACCUCUCGGGACGCGUUGACAUGAGGCAAAUUGAGAAAACGAUUCAGUACCUGAUCAGCUCCGGGAUGGAUCCGCACACGGACAAGAACCCAUAUCUCGGAUUCAUCUACACGUCGUUUCAGGAGAGGGCGACGUUUAUAUCGCACGGGAACACUGCCCGUCUCGCCAAGGAGCGCGGCGACGUGAAGCUGGCCCAGAUAUGCGGCACGAUCGCCGCCGACGAGAAGCGGCAUGAGACGGCGUACACGAAAAUCGUCGAGAAGCUGUUCGAGAUCGACCCGGACGGGACGGUUCUGGCGCUCGCCGACAUGAUGCGGAAGAAGAUAACGAUGCCGGCGCAUCUGAUGUACGACGGGAGGGAUGAGAAUCUGUUUGGGCACUUCUCCGCCAUCGCGCAGCGGAUCGGAGUGUACACCGCCCGGGACUACGCCGACAUUCUGGAAUUCAUCGUCGCGCGGUGGCGGGUGGAGGAGCUGGCGGCGGGGCUCUCCGGCGAGGGGCGUAAGGCGCAGGAGUAUGUUUGUAAUUUGCCGGCGAGAAUUCGGAAGCUGGAGGAGCGGGCGCAGGCGCGGGUGAAGCAGGCGGCAGCGGUGCCGUUCAGUUGGGUGUUCGGCCGGGAAGUGAAGGUUUGAGCCGCCGUGGACGGCGGCGGCGGAUGGGGGGGGGGGUGGUAGGUUAGGUAAGUGAAGGUUUGAGCCGCCGUGGACGGCGGCGGCGGAUGGGGUGGGGGGUGGUAGGUUAGGUAGGUAGUUAUGGUUAUGGUUGAUAGGGAAGGUGACUGUUUAUUUUAUAUAUAUAUAUAUAUAUAUAUAUGCUUUAGGGGUUGGUGGGGGAGUGUAAGUGUAUGAAGACUCUGGAAUAAUCAAUCAUAGCGUGUUUUUCCGGCAAAAUUUCAAUUU